GAUACCAGUACAUAAGUUGCAAUAAUCAGUUUUCAUAACUUCAAAGCAUAUCAAAAGAAUGAUUCUACAGAAAAAGAUGAGGUUGACUAUACUUAGCAACAGUCAACAGCUUCACUUUCAGCAUCUAUAUAUAAGGCUCUUCAAAAGGGACUUUACCAUCAAUUGAUUAGUUUUUAAAUAAGACUUAAAAAAAAAAAAAAAAAUCAGCAAUGUUAUUUUCUUAUGAUAAAUACUCUGGUUUCUUCUCCAGCGAUCUCCUUCCUUCUCUUGGAACCAAAAUCAACCAAGAAGCAAAGCUUCGAAAGUAUAUCAUUUCGCCCUUCAAUCUUCGUUACAGGGCUUGGGAGAUGUUUCUACUCAUAUUUGUCAUCUACACGGCGUGGAUUACGCCUUUUGAGUCUGCAUUUCUGAUAUACAGAAUAGAUGCCUUGGUCAUCUUUGACAACAUUGUCAACUGCCUCUUUGCUAUUGACAUUUUCCUUAACUUCUUUAUGGCUUAUCUUGAUAAAGAAUCAUAUAUUCUUGUUGAUGAUCCUAAGAAGAUAGCAAUGAGGUACUUAUCAACCUGGUUCAUAUUUGAUGUUUGUUCCACUUUACCAUUUCAUGCUUUCUUCUUUAUUGAUCACAAAGAAAGUGGAGUUGGGUUUAAAUUGCUCAGUAUGCUCAGACUUUGGCGUCUUAGAAGAGUCAGUGCCCUGUUUGCAAGGCUUGAGAAGGACAUCCGUUUUAACUAUUUCUGGACACGAUGUGCAAAACUGAUCUCUGUAACUUUGUUUGCAGUGCAUUGUGCUGGAUGCUUUAACUAUGUGAUUGCAGAUAGAUAUCCUGAUACAAAAAGAACAUGGAUUGGUGCAGCAAAUCCCAACUUCAAGGAAGAAGGCCUUUGGGACAGAUAUAUAACUUCACUCUAUUGGUCUAUUGUUACACUAACAACAACUGGUUAUGGAGACUUGGUUGCUGAGAACCCAAGGGAGAUGCUCUUUGACAUUUUUUACAUGUUAUUCAACUUGGGAUUGACAUCUUACAUCAUUGGAAACAUGACAAAUCUUGUAGUUCACUGGACCGGCUACACUAGAAAUUUCAGGGAUAAAGUGGAAGCAGCUCAAGAAUUUGCGAAACGAAAUCAGUUGUCACCAAGGAUACAAGAACAGAUUUUGUCACAUAUCUGUCUCAAGUUCAAAACUGAAGCAUUGCAACAAAAGGAGACCAUAAAUGUCCUGCCAAAGGCCAUCAGAUCAAGCAUUGCACAUUACCGGUUUUUGCCAAUAGUUCAAAAUAUCAGUCUGUUCCAAGGUGUUUCCAGGGAAUUGCUUUUCCAACUGGUUCCUGAAAUGGAAGCUGAAUAUUUCCCUCCCAAGGAAGAUGUGAUUUUACAAAAUGAGGCUCAAACAGAUUUGUAUAUAAUAGUCUCUGGAGCAUUGGAUUUCCUAGCAGAUAUCGAUGGACAUGAACGAAUCAUUGGAAAGGCUGUUGCUGGAGAGUCAUUUGGAGAAAUAGGCGUUUUAUUUGGAAGGUCACAACCAUAUGCUGUUAGAACAACUGAAAUUUCUCAAAUAUUAUGCCUUAGCAGGAAAACAUUACUGAACAUUCUUCGCGUCAAUCCAGAAGAUGAACGGAUUAUAAUGAGAAAUCUUGUUCUGAAACGGCAAGGAUUUGGAGGCUUUGAUUAUGUUGAAAGUGACUCGAGUUUGGUCUUCAACAACUGGUCAAAUAGAGGAACAAAUGACCAAGGCUGUUCUCAUGUUGCACAACAAGAUACACCAACCAAUCCUAGUGACCUGAUUAGUAUAGAUAUCCAAAAUUUAGAAGCUAGAGAAAAGAAACAAGUAGCAAAUGAAGGUGAAAGUUAUGGAUGUAACAGUGAAUUAAAUGAGCAGAAAGGUAAUUUCAUUUCAUUAGAUGAAGAAACAAGGAACAGACAAUUCAAGCCUUCAAGAAAUGAGGUCCCAUGUUGUUCUUCUUAUUCAGGUAAUAGAAGUCAAAGUGGUACAAAAGGGUCAAAACACAUCAACAAGAGAGUUACCAUUCACAUGAAAAAGAACAACAAUUCAUUGAAGGAGCAGAAUGGAAAGCUAAUAAUACUACCUUAUACACUAGAAGAGCUAUUCCGAGUAGCAGGUCAAAGAUUUGGGGACUACAAUCUCAAGAAAGUUGUAAAUGCAGAAGAUGUAGAAAUAGAUGAGGUAGAUGUCAUUAGAGAUGGAGAUCACUUGUUUUUCCUUUCAACUGAUUGCUCAGGUAUAGAAAGUAAUAUGAUGUGACAUGAUAAUUAACUAUGAUGUUUCCACA